CACAUUUCUCUCUUUUAAAGAACAAUAUUUAGGGAUGCCGACUUAGUGCCAGGCCCGGUUUGGGGCACUGGGGACUCGGAGAUGAAUCAGCCUCUGCUCGCUGUGGAACUCCCUGGCUUGGUGGGGGAGGCACAGGCAAAACAGUGCCGGCAGAGCUGAGUCCCAGCUCGCGCUGGAAGCUGAGGGGCAGCGGGGGCUGCUCCAGGAAGGCUCCUAGGAAGAGGUGACUCAGGAUGACUCCUGAAGGAAGGGCAGGAAGGUCUCCCAGGUAGAGCAGCGUCUGUGAGCAAAGGUCCAGCGGCUGAGAAAUCAGGGAACUGCUGUUCUAGGAACUGCAGGUAACUCUGAUGCGGUGGGCAGCGGGGUGAUGAGGUCCUUUAUCUUUCGGCGAUGGUAAGUUUGGGGCAAAAGAGAGCGAAGACCAAAGGCUAGGGCCCGACUGACAGACCGGGGUGGCAGGCGUGGGGCAGGGCGGAGCAGGGAGGCGUCGUGGGGGUGGCAGUGUUGGGUGAGAAGUGGCAGACGCAGAGGACGACCGCAAGGACCUGGGCAUUCAGAGCCAAGCCCCGACGCCCCCUCCGCACCUGCAGGACAGAACUGGAGAUGGGGUGGGGUGAGGGAGAGUGGAUCCCCAAAGGAGAUGACAUCCCUGAGACACCGGCCCCAGGAGACUGGUUUGGGUAACAGCCGGACUCGGGCUCUUCUCGCUGGCCGCCCUGGGAAUCGCCGGCCGCCACCGCCCAGCCUGCACCCGCCGUCCCCCACCCCGUGCCCGGGCACCUGUUGGAGGCAGAGACAGGUGCAGGGGGCUGGGCCGGCUGGGGGCGUGAGGGAGCACAUGGCCAUCAAUGUGUGCCCGGGGCCCAUCCGGCCCAUCCGCCAGAUCUCCGACUACUUCCCCCGCCUGGGACCAGGACCCGACGGGGGUGGAGGCGGCUGCGGGGAGGCCCCUGCUCGUCUGGCCCCCCUGGCUCUGGCCCCUCCUGCAGCUCUCCUUGGGGCCACCACGCCUGAGGACGGAGCUGAAGUGGACAGCUAUGACUCGGAUGAUACCACUGCCCUGGGCACGCUGGAGUUUGACCUUCUCUACGACCAGGCCUCCUGCACCCUGCACUGUAGCAUCCUCAGGGCCAAGGGUCUCAAGCCCAUGGACUUCAAUGGCCUUGCAGACCCCUAUGUCAAGCUGCACCUGCUGCCUGGAGCCUGCAAGGCCAAUAAGCUAAAAACGAAGACUCAGAGGAACACGCUGAAUCCCGUGUGGAACGAGGACCUGAUGUAUAGUGGAAUCACAGAUGACGACAUCACCCACAAGGUGCUCAGGAUUACUGUCUGUGACGAGGACAAGCUGAGCCACAAUGAGUUUAUCGGGGAGAUCCGAGUGCCCCUCCGCCGCCUCAAGCCUUCACAGAAGAAGCAUUUUAACAUCUGCCUUGAGCGCCAGGUUCCGCUGGCUUCACCCUCUUCCAUGUCGGCGGCGCUGAGGGGCAUUUCUUGUUACCUGAAGGAGCUAGAGCAGGCGGAGCAGGGGCCUGGGCUGCUGGAAGAGCGUGGCCGCAUCCUGCUCAGCCUCAGCUACAGCUCUCGGCGCCGGGGGCUGCUGGUGGGCAUCGUUCGCUGUGCCCACUUGGCUGCCAUGGACGUCAAUGGCUACUCCGACCCCUAUGUUAAGACGUACCUGAGACCGGAUGUGGAUAAGAAAUCCAAGCAUAAGACGUGUGUGAAGAAGAAGACCCUAAACCCAGAAUUUAACGAGGAGUUCUUCUACGAGAUGGAGCUCCCCACUCUGGCCACCAAGACUCUGGAAGUCACAGUCUGGGAUUAUGACAUUGGCAAAUCCAAUGACUUCAUCGGUGGCGUGUCCUUGGGGCCAGGAGCCCGUGGCGAGGCCCGAAAGCACUGGAGCGACUGUCUGCAGCAGCCAGACGCAGCCCUGGAGCGCUGGCACACCCUGACCAGCGAGCUGCCCCCAGCAGCUGGGGCUCUGCCUUCGGCCUGAGCAGACCACAGCUGCCCAGCGACCCUUCUGGCUGGGUCCAGUACCCAACCUUUGCACGAGUGUGUUGCACGUUUACAUGGGGUGGGCUGCCCCUGCCCCGCACUACCUGUCUUAUUUUUGUGAGAGUCUCCGUGACCGUGGGUCUGUCUUCUUGUGAGGGAUUGUGGAGAUCUAUAUUCAUAUAUGCAAACUUCCUCCUGCCUGACUAGCUAUUACCUGCAAAUAUGCAAACCACCCGUCCUCUGCACACGUGCGGGGGUGCUGUCAGAGCCCCCGCCCCAAGCCCCUGCUGCUCUUCUCUCCUGCCUCUCCACGCUGCCCGUCCCCUCCCCCCACAGGGAGGAGGUCGGAUUAGGGGAGGUUCAGAGGAGGAUGUUUCCAAAACAGAAAAGGACAAACAAACAAAAAAAACCCCAGAGCCACCUCUUUAAUAUAGAAUCUUCAUUUAAAAAAAAAACAACAAACAACAAAACCUAGCCCUGUACAGCUGCCCUUUUAAAGGGGUGGCCACUGUGGAGUCUGCCUCCUCAAGAGGUGGCAGAUGCUCACGGCCACUUAUCUAAAUACUGUCCCCUAGAUGGGGCCAGGAUGUGAAGGCAGGGCCCCUGCCACCCUCCUGGAGGACAUUCGUGCAUGUUUACGCCUUUUCUGAUUGUGUCAGUGGCCAAAGCAUGGCAACUGGGCACCAAUAAACAUCUCUGAGGAA